AUGUCCCGGGGCCAUGACGUCGACGAUGGGAGCAGACUGCAGGUCGAAGAUGAAACUGUUUAUUUGUCUGAACCUGUGACCGGUGUCCCUACAAAGCGUGAGGUUAAGCUGGUCAACCACACCUGGAACACUUUCUGCCGGAACCACCCGGACUUCGGCAGCUUCCUGCUGCUGUCCAUGUUCACUGAGCACCCACGCACACAGGAGGUGUUCCCGAAGUUCAAAGGUCGUUCAAAGUACGGGCUUGAAAACGACGUCGAGUUCCGGACGUUCGGCCGCGCGGUUGGUGACCAGCUGGCUGACAUCGUCGACUCGGUGGACGACUACGAAGCCCUUGUGGCGAUAACGCGUCAGAACGCGGAAGAACACGCCAACCGCGAAGGAGUACAAUCAAAGCACUUUGAGCUCUUCUUCUCGGUGCUGUUGACCCAGAUGCUCGCGAGCAACAGAUCGGCCAUGACGACAGCCACCGUCGCCGCCUGGGAGAAAGUAUUUCAAACUCUGAGAAUAAUCACGAGGGAGGCCUUUGAUGAGGCUGCCGAGGAAGCUGUGCAUUCAAAGCGGGAGAAGGAAACCAAGUAA